UAAUCAAACUUAAUCCAAAAUAUUGAGAAACUAAAAACAACAACAAAUUGUAAAAGGAGAAAGAAAGAACUCGGAAAAAACGAAAAGUAGAGGCGCAUGUUAGCGAGGUCUGCGUAAGUUGGACUCAACGCCCAAGUCAAAUAAAAAAUUUUCCAUUCACUGCUGCUUCUAAAAUCACUACGAUUAAAUAAAUGAAGAUUGAAUGACAAAAAAUUCAAAAUCAAAUUUGCAAAAAAAUCUGAUAGAAAUUUGAAAAUCUCCAUUGUUCUGAGUCAGCCGAAGAAGAAUUAUAAAUGGCUAAGCUAAGCUGCGAUUACCGGUUCCUUCUCAUCCCCGCUGCAAUCGUAUUCAUUUACAUCCAGAUGCGGCUUUUCGCCACGCAAUCUGAAUAUGCCGAUCGAAUAGCCGAAGCGAUGGAUGCAGAGCACCAUUGUUCAAGUCAAAUGCGCCUACUCAUUGAUCAAAUAAGUAUGCAACAAGAACAAAUUGUGGCCUUGGAAGAGGGGAAGAAGCGAAAGGAGCAGGAGUGUGCACAACUGAAGGCUCUUGUUCAAGAUCUUGAAAAGAAAGGCCUUCAAAGAAUAAUUGACAAAACACAGGUACCAGUGGCAGCAGUUGUCAUAAUGGCAUGCAAUCGGGCUGAUUAUCUGGAAAGGACUAUUGCUUCUGUCUUAAAGUAUCAAAGCUCUCUUGCUUCAAAAUAUCCCCUUUUUGUAUCUCAGGAUGGAUCAGAUCCAAAUGUUAGAAGUAAGGCUUUGAGUUAUAAUCAGCUGACAUAUAUGCAGCACUUGGAUUAUGAUCCAGUGCAUACAGAAAGGCCUGGGGAAUUGAUUGCAUACUACAAGAUUGCUCGUCACUACAAAUGGGCAUUGGAUGAGUUGUUCUACAAGCACAAUUUUGACCGAGUAAUCAUACUUGAAGACGAUAUGGAAAUCGCCCCUGAUUUUUUUGAUUACUUUGAGGCAGCCUCAGCCCUUCUCGACAAGGAUAAGUCAAUUAUGGCUGUUUCCUCAUGGAAUGACAAUGGGCAAAAGCAGUUUGUGCAUGACCCAUAUGCACUUUAUCGCUCAGAUUUCUUCCCUGGUCUUGGGUGGAUGCUUACUAGAUCUACAUGGAAUGAGCUAUCACCAAAGUGGCCAAAAGCUUACUGGGAUGACUGGUUGAGAUUAAAAGAGAAUCACAAAGGUCGACAAUUUCUCCGCCCUGAAGUUUGCAGAACAUAUAAUUUUGGUGAGCAUGGUUCUAGUAUGGGACAGUUUUUCCAAAAAUAUCUUGAGCCUAUAAAGAUGAAUGACAUUAAGGUGGACUGGAAGUCACAGGAUUUGAGCUACCUAAUGGAGGACAAAUACAAGAAAUAUUUUGCCGACAUGGUGGAAAAAGCAAAACCUGUCCCUGGAACGGAUGCUGUUCUUAAGGCAUCUAACAUAAAAGGGGAUGUGCGUAUUCAGUAUAAAGACCAAUCAGACUUUGAACGCCUGGCACACCAGUUUGGAGUGUUUGAAGAAUGGAAGGAUGGUGUACCAAGAACAGCAUAUAAAGGAGUAGUGGUUUUCCGAUACCAGCCACCAAGACGUGUAUUUCUUGUUGGUCCUGACUCUCUACGGCAGCUUGGGAUAAAAAAUGCUUGAAAACUCAAAGUGAUCCUGAUAAAAGUUCGAAGUGAACGGCAGAGAGGAUUCAGCAGAUGAAGUUAUUUUUUAAGGGUAAGAAAGGCUCAACGUAGGAUGGAAUACUGGUUUAAAUAAGAAAGAGCUCCUGGCCAUGCUUUUCUUACGGUCCAUAGUUUUCGAUUAGGGAAUUUGACAUGAAUACAUCCCUUCCCGCAGGCAUUCAGGUCUCACAUAUAUUCACAAACAAAGGCCUUGAUUUUUGUAGGUUUUGAUACGAUGACUUCAUCCUUUUAUGAUUUUUUUUUUUUUUUAAUUUUGAUAGUUAGUUCUUCCAUGCGAUUGUAAAAGUAAAAGUUUUUUUUUUUUUUUUUUUCUCUCUGGUGAAACCUUUCUUUUAAUCAAAAGAAUGUUAAAUAUUAAUUAUAUAUCUAGAAGUUCCAAGUUGUAAUAUGAAAAUUGUUUAGAACAUCUUAUUUUCUUUGAGCAAAACCAACCUUUCCAAAUUAUUUUCAUGGAAAAGACUAAUAAAAGUGUUGUACGAAUAGCCAACUGCUCACUCUUUAUGCUAAAAGGGGUA